AUGACGGCAGUGAAUCGAAGCACGAAACAAAAUACACCUCUAUCACUAUCUCUUUUCGCAUUUGGUGGCACAACAAAACCCAUGUCCGAAAUUAUGUUCAACAAAUAUGAUGUGGAUAAUAACGGAUCAAUCUCUCGUGAUGAACUUCGUUCUUUAUGCUAUGAUCUAGGCUAUUAUCUUUCCAACGAUGAAUUAGCUUGGGCUUGCACCGUCAUUGAUAAGGAUGGCAGUGGAAUGAUUGAUUGUCGUGAAUUUGCCGAAUGGUGGAAAACGUCAUCUCGUUUUGAUCAUCUGAAAAUGCCAAAUGAAAAGCAAGCCCUACUCUUAUCUUGGAUAGUCGAAAUUUGUCGUUCGUUUGAUAAACUCAAUACAGGAACCUUGGAUCCAGACCAAUUUACUGCCGUUUGUGAGGCUCUUAGUCAAGAAGGUAUUCUUAAUGUUAACGAGUACCAAGCGUGUGCUUUUAACGAAAUCGAUCGUAAUCAAGAUGGACGAAUUAAUUUCAAUGAAUUAAUUGCUUGGUUUAAAAAUAUCGGCAUACUCGAUAAUGCCAGUACCGAAAACUCCUAA